GUUUAUACAGAAGACAGUGGAGAGUUCAUAUGUGAGACUGGAGGAGGGGAGAAAAGCAACAUUAUCAACAUCACUGUUACUGCUGGUCCUGUGAUCCUGGAGAGUCCUGCUGUUCCUGUGAUGGAGGGAGAAGCUGUGACUCUGAGCUGCAGGAACAAGACAACUUCCUCCAACUUCACAGCUCAGUUCUACAAAGAUGGAAUCCUCAUCAGGAAGAGCUCCACAAGAUACAUGACCAUCGGCAGAGUUUUAAAUUUUCAUGAAGGACGUUACAAAUGCAGCAUUUCAGGAGCUGGAGAGUCACCAGUGAGCUGGCUGAAUGUCACAGAAACUGAGACAGACCCCUCCUCAGAGCCUGGAUGUCAUAUUUACCUCAUCUUACGGAUCGUGUUCACCAUCAUGAUGGUGGCUCUUCUACUGCUGCUCGUAGGACUUCUUCACUGUGGGAAAAUCAGAGGAACUAAUUGUUAACCCAGAUGUAAAUGUAACUGUCAUGAUACUGGAAACUGUGCAACAUGUCUGUGAA